AUGGAUAUAGAAAAAAUAAAUGAUCCCGUGGAAUUUGAAAAAAAUGCCGGAAAGGUAUAUGAAAACAAAUCUGUAGAAGAGGAAAUAGAUACAUUAGAAGAUAGAAACAUAUCUAUCGAAAGAUCUGGCCAAAAUUUGAAUGGAAACAAUACAAUAGACCUUUGUGAUGACAAUGAAAAGCAAACAAUUCUAAUUGAAACCGAUGAUGCAGAUGUCAAAAAAUUGAAAAGAGGAUUAUCACCCCGUAUUGUAGCAAUGACAUCUUUAGGUGGUACUUUAGGUACGGGUAUAUUUUUUUCCAUUUCAACUCCCUUACAAACAAGCGGACCUGUUAAUACCUUAAUUAGUUAUAGUUUUGUGGGUGUCUUGGCAUUUUUUGUUACACAAAGUCUAGGUGAAAUGGCCACUUUUAUUCCGGUUACUUCAUCUUUUAUUGUUUUCGUUCAAAGAUUUUGUUCCAAGUCAGCAGGGGCGGCUGUGGGCUAUAUGUAUUUAUCAUCUUGGGCAAUUUGCUAUGCUCUGGAAGUAAGUGUUGUUGGUUCUAUUAUAAACUAUUGGACAGAUGUUGUUCCUUUAGCAGGUUGGAAUAUUAUAGCUAUUGCCGUUACAUUUGCAAUUAAUUUCAUGCCGGUUAGAGUUUACGGAGAAGUGGAGUUUUGGAUUGCUUUAAUCAAAGUUGUGGCUAUUGUCGGGUUUAUAAUUUUUGGGCUAGUAAUGGUUUGUGGUGGUAGCAAAAAACAGGGACCAAUCGGGUUCAGGUAUUGGAGAAAUCCAGGACCUUGGGGUACCGGUAUUAUUUCAAGUAAUAAAAAUGAAGCCAGAUUUUUAGGAUGGGUAAACGCCUUAAUUAGCGGUGUUUUUUCAAUGGAAGGUGUCGAGACGGUUGGUAUUCAAGCUGGUGAAGCUGCCAACCCAAGAAAAACUGUUCCUAAAGCAAUUAACAGAGUUUUCAUUAGAAUUCUAUUGUUUUAUAUACUCACUUUAUUUUUUAUUGGCAUGAUAGUCCCUUAUAAUGAUCCCCAUUACCAAAAUACAGACUCCAGUUAUAUUGCAGCAUCUCCAUUUUUAAUUGCUAUUGAGGAUUGCGGGAUCAGAGUGUUACCACACAUUUUCAAUGUCGUCAUUUUAACAACUGUGCUCUCUGGAGCAAAUUCCUCGUUAUACUUAUCAUCUAGAAUUAUUUAUGGGUUAAGUCAAUUAAAGCUAUUACCUGCUUUUCUAACUAAAUCAACUAGAUCGGGUGUUCCAGUUUACAGUGUUAUUUUUGCCGCUGCUUUUGGGUUUUUAGCCUAUUUACAAUGUGGAUCCGCUACAAGCCAGCAAACUUUCAACUGGUUUUUGAACAUAUCAUCUUGCGGAUCUAGCUUUGCCUGGAUUUUUAUAAAUAUAUCGUAUAUUAGAUUUGCAAAAGCUUUGAAAUACCAGGGAAUUUCCAGAGAUGAUUUACCAUUUAAGGCAAAGUUGAUGCCGUUUGGUGCAUAUUUUGCUGCAUUUUUCAAUACAAUUAUCGUUUUCAUACAGGGAUUUACUGCUUUUUGUCCUUGGAAUGUUUCAAAUUUCUUUGCAUAUUAUAUAUCUAAUAUUAUAUUUGGUAUUAUAUGGGUUGGUGGCACUAUUUUGUCCAUGCUUGUGUUUACCAAAACCGGUAAUUAUCGAUAUUCAGUCAAGUUUGAAAAAAAACCUAUAUUCAUUGAAAUUGAGAAUAUUGAUUUGAACACUAACAGGAGAGACAUAGAUCUUGAAGUUUGGGAAAAUGAUGAAGAAAAACCGAAAACGUUUUUUGGUAAAAUAUUGUCUUCGUUAACUUGA